AUGGGGAUCCGGCGGCUUCAACCGCUGUUGGCGGUGCUGAUGCCUGCUAUGCUCGCUGCAUCGGCCAUCAUCGAUCAGCAGCUCUUUCAGCCUGCCGUGUGCCCCGUGGCUGUGACUGUUAGCCUUGUUCCGAUUCAGAUCAUCACAUCUGCCCUGAGCAACUGUGUUAUCACCGUCACGCCUGGCGUCGAGCUUACGGUCACCAACGCGCCCAUUUGUAUCAGUACGCUGACGACGGCCACGAUCACUUCGACCGUCACCGGUUCACUCCUGCCUGGCAGCUCGACAUCGACACCUACGAGCUCUAUCGGACUGUCAAGUGGCUCGUCGAGUCCCUCGCCCCAAGCUUCGCAGAUCAGCAGUCCGAUAUUGAUCAGCAGCUCGACUUCCUCUACGCAGGCCUCGCAAGUUGGCAGUCCGAUCGCUGCCAGCAGUUCGGCAGUCAGCAGCUCGACUUCCGCUAGCCUGACACCUGUUGUUUCUCCUGGCUCUUCCUCCUCCGCAACCACAUUCAGCGAGCCUCCGCCGAUCAACCCAUCCCAGACCUUUCUCCUCGCUGUUGAGCCUACUGCUGUUAAUGUCAAGCGGACCCUUCAACGACGGCAGACUGUCAAUAACACCGACAAUGCAUACGUCCGUGCCGAUGGAUUUGUUCUGAACGGCUGUGGCGAACAGGCUCAGUACACCAUCGCUUCAGAUCGCCUAUACAUUGGUGACAAUGAGUUCUCAGUACAGAACACGUCGUUUUCAAUCUUCUCUCCUGUUACACCGCCAGGUCCCGUCGAUCUCACAUUCUCCCUGGAGAAUCAAGUCCUUCACUGGCGCAACGAUGGCUUCGUUGGUGGGCAGGCUCUCUUCUGCAAUCUGAACGGCUUUGUUGCAAUGAUCUUUGACGGAGUGUAUCCAGACGGCUGUCCGCCAGUCAGACUCACGACACGGCCUCUUACAGCAUGUCCGGCACGGCAGACGACUAGCAGCUCAACAACGACAACUGAAGCCGCUUCACCUGUGCUCAGCACCAAUACCGAUCUAGCCACAACGAGUCUGUCGUCUUCUUUCAACAACACUGUAGCCCCGAUAUCUUUGGCGACGACCGCCUCCACGUCCGGAGGUUCCAACGUUAACAACAACGACACACUCCUGUCGACGUCAACAACAGUCGUCCAGCAGGGCUCAUCGUCCGGCAGCGUUUUGUCUCAACGGCACAUCUAUAUCCUCUACCAGCGCUUCGGAGCCAAUAUCGAGUUCGGGCAACGCUCCAUCCCAACGAGCUUGGCUGCUAGCGCAACUUCUACGUUUCUCGGCAGCUCUACGGAUACGCCCUCAGCAACUUCGUCCGCCUCUGCAACAACAGCAGCGAACACGACUUUUCCGGGCUAUGUAACCAGCACAGUGUCUUAUGAUGGCACAGUAACGACAUCGGUCGUAGUCGACCCCAUUGGGGGCAAUCCUGGCACGGUAUUCAUAUCUGUCCCUUACCCUCGAAGGACAACGUUCACUGGCAUUGACGAAGGUCCAUCAGGCACGGCCACCAUCACGCAGCAGCUUCCGGUCAGCUUGAAUGCCACCACGGCUAUCACUGUGACCGUUGUUGUCACUACGCCUUACCCAUAUGUGACGCGUACAGAAGGAUACAAUGGCCAGAUCAUCACAAGCUCCGUCAUCCCGCCCGCUCCAACCGAGUUCGUUGGCACACUGAUUGUGCUCACGCCUUACAAUUUGUCAAUCACAACUACAUCCUACGACGGAGGGCCUGGGAAUACGAAUACCAUUACUUCAACCGUCCUUCCCCAAGGUACCAGCCAGGGCACAAUUAUCGUUUCAACUCCAGUCAACUAUGUGACAAGAGUAGAGCGAUUUGACGGCGGUCCAUCAGUUACCAACAACAUCACCGAGACCCGCUCUUUGACCGACGCAGGUGGUCCAGCUGUCGUUACCUCGCAGCCCUACAGCUACAUUACAUCAGAGACCGAGUACGAUCAAGGCACCUCUGCUGCCAUCACACGAACCAGCAUCAUUUCUGCGUCUUUGGAUGUUGUUGACCCUACACCUAUCGGUACGGUUCUCAUCUCAUACCCCCUGUCAUUCACGACUGAGUUCACUGGCUACGACGGCGGGCCUACCGCGACCCAGAGCAUCACAUCUACCGUUGCGAACGGCACGCUUCCGCUCUCGCGGACACGUACGAUUGUGAUAUCGACUCCAUACCCAUACACCACAAUAAUCUCGAACUUCGACACUGUCAUCCAGACAAGCACCGUGGAAACGAGCAUCAUUACUCCAGGUCCUCCACAAUUCACGGGAACAGUCCUUCUCGACCCGCCGGAUGGAUUCAAUCUUGUCACUACCGGCUACGAUGGUGGUCCGAACCAGACGAGCACGAUUACGCAGACAAUUGCUCCCACACCGCCAGCAAAUGGAACGAUCAUCGUAUCGACACCAUAUGUCUACGUUGACGCAACAACGCAGUACAACGCGCUUGGUGGAACACAAGUCAUCACAAUCACGAUCAGACCAUCUGCCAAUAACACGGUUGGAACUCUCUUGACUUCUGUGCCUUAUGGUACUGCGACAAGAACUUCGGGGUAUGAUGCAGGGCCUUUCUCUCCUCUGGCAACACAAACAAGCUCGUUCCCCGAAGAUGGUACCAAUGGACCCUCGAUUGUGCUAUACACCCCGUUCCCUUAUGUGACGUCCACCACAGGCUAUGACGACGGUCCCACAGCAACAAUUACGGGCACAUCAAUCAUCCCUGCAGCUUCGGGAACUCCAGGUACUCUACUUCUCCAAACACCAGAAGGUUAUAUUUCCACCACUGUUGGGUACGAUGCGGGCGUGCCAGGAGACAAUUCAACGGCGCCAACCCUUACACGAGUUGUUGCUGCCGCGAACGGUUCACCAGGAACGGUAUUCGUAAGCACGCCAUACCAGUACAUCACGGAAUACACCGGAACAGACGAAGGACCACUUGGGACGUCGACAUUCACGUCUCUUCGUCCGGCGUCCGGCACGCCACCGGUAGGAAGCAUUGUCCUCAUCACGCCUUAUGUCUACAUCACCCGGACUGUUGUCUAUCCUGGGCAAGGAAUAAUCACCGCGCCGAUCACUGUCACAUCGCCUCCGGCGCCACCAAACAACACAAUCGGAACGAUAGACGUGCAAACGCAGCUUCCGCUGAUCACCAUCACCUCGGGCUACAACGGACUGGUCAAUACCACAUCCGUGCUCGUUCAGCCAUCAGGCACUCUACAGGGUACUUUGGCUAUCUUGACGCCGUACAGCUAUGGAACCACUACUUCGUUCUACGACGAGGGCCCAGCGGGGACGGAUACCUUCAUUCGAACCGUCCUUCCUACUGGGACCGAAGCGUCUGGCACCAUUGUUUCGUCCAUUCCCUACCCCUACGUUUCGUCGACAACAGGGUAUGACGCCGGCGUCGCAGGAAGCGUUACGAUCACGAACACCAUCCGUCCUUCUCCUGCCACUCCGACAGGUACAAUCGCGUUUAGUACGCCGUUCUCAUACUUGCAGCUCGUCAGCAACUACGAUAACGGACCAGAAGGAACUUCGACUUCGACUCAGACGAUACUCCCGGUCGGCACAGCUCCUGGAACUAUCAUCAGAUAUGAGCCGUUUACUUACUCGACUGUAACCACAGAUUACGAUGGCGGGGAGGGCGCUACACCUACAUCGUACGUGGUUGCGCCAACUGGCAACGUGGACGGUACGGUGUUCAUCCAGAACCCGGACCCAUAUACUCGGAUCACUACUAGCUAUGACGCUGGACCAUUCGGAACUGCUACCAUUGUUGAGACCACACCUGCGUCCGUCGCCGCCGACCGCACUGGCACUAUCGCCACGUCCACACCGUUGGUGUAUGCUAGCACCACUGUGCAGUACGAUGCUGGACCACGCCAAUUCCAGACUAUCACAGUCAUUCAGUCGGCAGCUUCCGGUAUUGCUCCGAGCGUGGUCUUCUCAACGCCAGCUUCAUAUAUAACGAUCACCUCUAAUUUUGAUCUCCAACCCCAGGCGACGCUCGAGCGAUCGACGAUAUCUGCUGGUCCAAGUGGCGUAGGUACUGUGUUGAUCGAUCCACCAGAUGACUACAGUGUCAGUUACACCUACAGUGAUGAAGGACCUAGUGGAAGUCUUCGUGUUACACAAACAAUCCCGCCCUCUGGCGGUCUGCCUGGAACUGUUCUUGUGACUGUACCAUACAGAUACGUGACCCAGACUGCGGGCGCAGAUCUUGGAUUUGGUGCUUCCGCGCCCGUCACCACAACCAUAACGCCUGAUCCUGUAAACACUGUCGGAACGGUGCUGAUACAGACCCCCAUCGACUAUGUGAUCUCGACGAUCGGUACGGACGAAGGCCCGCAAGGCACCAUUUUCACCUCGUCCACGGUUCCUGGCGCCAACGGUGUUCCAGGCACAUACUACAGCAUCACGCCUUACCCAUACUCGACCUUCACCACUUCCUAUGAUGCUGGGGUGACGGGUACAGCUACGAUCACAGUCAUUGUCAGCGUGACCAAUACGAGGUUCGGUAGUGUGGUUAUCUCAACUCCUGGUGUCUAUGUAACAACUACGGUAGGCUACGACGACGGACCGUUCUCGAGCGCUACCACCACGUCCGUUGCGCCGCCAGCCUCCAAUACUGAUGCUCGUGGCACUGUCUACAUCUCAACACCAUUCCCAUAUCUUACGUCUAUCUUCUUUACGGACGUCGGACCCAACGGAGUCGUCCCGCCUCCGACGACUUCUAUCAUUUCUGCCGCUGCAGUGCCGUCCCGGACUGGCACUCUUAUCUCGUUCGUGGCCGACCGGUACGACACUAUUACGGCACCUUACCAAGGCAGCGGCGUUUUGACCGCACCAGUCACCUCCACCAUCCCUCCAGCCAGCGGACAAACUGUGGGUACGGUCCAGAUUCUCACUCAACCUCCGGCCGUCACUUCUUUCGUCGGCUACGAUGCUGGCCCAGCUGGCGGACCGGCAACCACAUCAACAUCUACAGGUCCAGGCGUGGCGCCGACAAUCUUCAUCUCAACGGCAGAUACUUACAUUACAACGACCCAGGGCAGCGAUGCGACCGUGAGAUUCACAAGCACAAUAUUGCCCACCGGCACCGUAUCGGCCACAGGGACAAUCAUCGUGUUCACGCACUUCCAGGCGGUAACUACAGUCACAACGACCUCCUUCUUCACUACAGGUACCCCCUACACAACCUUGGUCGAUGCCUCGAGCACGUCUACCGAUACAGUCAUCGUCGGCUACCUGCAGACGUUUGUGACGACAACGACAAGAGCUGGCACAACACCCACAACCUUCACCCAGGCUUUGCCAGUAUCAACUACCCCAGGUACCGUGGUCGUUGUUAACCCUGCCUACACCACAACUACCUCCUUCUAUGGCCAGGCCACAACUUCGAUCACCACCCUUGUUACCUAUACCGGCGGACCCAACACUGGAACUAUCGCCACUCUUGUGCCCGCCACAAAUGCGCCUAUUGCGACCAAUCCUCCUGUCUCGGUGAUCACCCGCAGUACCGCUGCAUCAAGCACCGCAAGCCCAACUCUGCCGGUCAUCCCCACUCAAUCAACCGGCCCUGCGGCUGCAGCACCAAGCACUUGCAACAAUCAGGGACUGGCCUGGGCCGAAUAUCCCAACACUUCCGGAGACUGGUCAAGACCUGGUCCGAACAACGUUCCUCCAGGAUACGUCAGCUUCUUACCAGAGGCCUACAAGAUGACGACACCACAAUACAGUGGCCUCACACCAUCCGUCGGCGGAUUCAGAUAUGUGCCAACAACUCAAGGCACUAUCACCAUCUACAACCAGAUUGUCAUACCUAGUGACUUUUGGCAAGCCGAUGACAUUGUCCUCGUCUGGCUCGGUCCGCUGGCAUUCACAGGCUGGACACGAGCCAACGCGGCUCUCGAACAGGUCUACAAUGAUCCCCCACAAGGCUUCACAGGAAAUCCCGGCGAGCCUCCAGUGUCGUUCACGGCGCGGCUUGUCGCGGGCCAGUACUACCCGCUUCGCAUCUUCUACGCCAAUGCUCAGCGACAGGCCUCGUUCUUCCUUUACGUCACUGCGCCGGACGGUUCGCAGUUCUUGGGUCCCGACACGCCGGGAUCACCCUAUAUCGUUCAGUAUUCAUGCGACGGGACGACGGCGCCAAGAUUCCCAGCGUUUGGAAACCAGUCUUGA